CGACUCGUGUCGAGGCGGCACAAGACACUUGGCGCCUGCUCACAGCAAAACCCACCCCCAGAGAAACGACACUAUUUCUCUCUCUCUCUCUUUCUCUCUCUCUCCUUCCCUUCCCCCAAAUUUCGACAAUUUUCCAAAAUUAAAUACCAAAUUAAAGGUAAAUAUUAUAAAAUUACUAUCUUUUUUGUACUCUAGUGUUUUUUUAUUCCCCUUUUUGUUCUUCUUUGUAAUUUUCGUUUUUCCAAUUUUUUUUUUUAAUUCCAUUUUCCUUUUCCGUUUUCGCCAUUUUUCUGUAUUUUUCUUCUUUAAUUUUUGUUUUGGGGUUCUGAUUGAAAGUUUUUAGAUUUAGUUACGAAUUAUGAUUUGGAGAAAUGGGUCAGUGUUUAAUUCUAUGGAUGUGUUGGAAUUUUUGCUGUUUUAUGGCGACGAAGUUGUUAUUAUGGUAUGGGAGGCAGCGUUCCGGAGCUGGAGUAUUGACGCUUGUUAUCCGUUCGUUAGUUUUUAGCUUUGAUUGUAAUUGUUUUUGUUUUCUGGAUCUGAAAUUCAGCAAGGUAGGUGAAAAGAACUUUGAGAUUCUAUCUUAUCUGCAUAAGGAAUGCAGGACAAAUUGUUUGCUUCAUGUUUUGAUUGAAUAUCUUGUACUGCCUGUUCUUUGAUUCUUGAGAUUUUGGUAUCUAACAUGAAAAAUUCUUGAUUUUGAAUGACUCCCAUAAUUUUGAAGACCC